CCAAUAUGUCAGCCUCCAUAAUUUUAUAAAAAAGUAGAAAAUUGUACAUUUUUUGCUGGUUUUGAAAGGGUUUUAGUGUUCGUUUUCACAAGAUGUAUGCUUUACUGUCUGGGUUGUGGAAGUACCUUUUCCAGAAGGAGGAGUACUAUGUAUUGAUACUUGGGCUGGAUGAUGCUGGCAAAACGACAUAUUUGGAGCAAUCCAAGACACAGUUCAACAAGAACAAAGGAAUGAAUUUAUCAAAAAUAACCAGUACAGUUGGUUUGAACAUUGGCAAGAUCGACAUUGGUUCUACCCGAUUAAACUUCUGGGAUUUAGGAGGCCAGGAAGACUUGCAGGCACUAUGGGAUAAGUAUUAUGCAGAAUCCCAUGCUCUCAUCUAUGUCAUUGAUUCAAAUGAUAGAGAACGAGUUGAGGAAUCAAAAGUCGCUUUUGAAAAAAUGAUCACCAGCGAUGUAUUAGAUGGGGUGCCUUUAUUGAUUUUGGCUAAUAAACAAGAUCUGGAGGGUCAUAUGACUGUGUCAGAUAUUAAGACCCAAUUCCGAGAUAGCGCUCAUCACAUUGGACGCAGAGAUUGUAAAGUGUUAGGGACAGCAGCAAUAACUGGAGAGGGAGUUCAUGAGGGUAUCGACUGGAUUACGCAAGCAGUACAGAGAAAUAACAUCAGACGACCCCCUGCACAGAAGGAAAUUGGAACUUGAUGAAGGGACAUUGGAAAUUCGGUAUAAAGACUAUCUUCUAUGAAAUAAUGAGAGAUUUUUGCAAAUUAUCAUAUUGGGAGUGUAUAGUGGUAAUUGUAAUGGCAUCUGGAAUAGGACACUGAAAUUCGGGUCGGGUCCUUGUCUAGCACUUCUGCUUUACAAGGUCAAAGCAGGGAACAGGGAAAGUGUGUUUGACAAGCCCCUGGUGCUGUCACAUCUCGAUGCUCUACUUAUAUUCUCCUUGACUACGUCUAAAUAAAAAUGUAGAGUUCCUGCAGCAGUCACUUAUUCUAAUGUCAGUAUAUUGGGAAUAAAACCAUUAACUGUAGAUGUCUACAGUACGUUGGGAAUACAGUCUGAAAAUGUAGCUCUAUUUUGUAAAGUUUUGUGGUGUUUGAAAAGGAAGACAUGUAGUAGAAUAACUCCAUCUUUAUUCCUGGCAAAUAUAUUACAAUACAAUGUACUCUGCAUCUGGAUACUAAUCCAUACAUCAGCCUUGGAUGUGUCACCUUGGACAAUGGGAAAUUCACUGGGAACUCAAUCAAACUACUGUAAGCUCCUGUUUUAUGCCGCCCAGUUUUUUUGCAAAAACAUUUGUUUCAGAUUUUCCUGCCAUUUAUUUUUGCUGAUAGAUGCAGUUUCCAAUGAUGAAAUCAUUAAGCUGAACAAAUCCUUGCUCAUAAAGUUUGUGAUUACACCCCCUUUAUGUCAGGCUUAUAUAAAAAUAAAGGAGUUUGCAGUAGUUUUGAACCAUACCAACAAAUGAAAAUUCACUUCAUGAACCACUUUAGAUACAAAAAUCUAUUCAUAAUGGUGUGCUGUGUAAUAGAUGUAGAUUUUUCAGUCAGUUUUAUCGAGAUUGGUGACUGAUUUUAUCCAUGAGAAAUUGUGAUGGUGUUAAGAGGAAAUAGGACCAUUUUGGAGCCCUUUUGUCAUAAUAUAUUGUGUAA